AUAAUAAAUGAAUGACAGAAAAAUUGGUUGGAGUUGCUUCUGAUUAAUAUACUCUCACAUGCACUUUUGGUGUUGGCUCGGGAAGAAAUGGAAGAUGAGCAUAAUCCAAAACCCGUAGUUAUCAUCACAGGAUGUUCCACGGGAGGAAUAGGUCACGCGCUUGCGUGCGCGUUCGCGGAGAAGAAGUGCAGGGUGGUGGCGACGAGUAGGUCGCGGUCGAGCAUGGCGGAGCUGGAACACGACCACCGAUUUUUGUUGGAAGAGUUGGAUGUUCAGUCCGAUGAGAGCGUGCGCAGAGUGGUUGACGCUGUUGUCGAGACGUACGGUCGCAUCGACGUGCUCGUUAACAACGCUGGUAUUCAGUGCGUGGGCCCACUCGCCGAGGUUCCUCUCUCUUCCAUUCAAAACACUUUCGACACCAAUGUAUUCGGUUCCUUGAGAAUGGUUCAGGCGGUUGUUCCUCAUAUGGCAACUAGGAAAAAGGGGAAGAUUGUGAAUAUUGGUAGUGUUGCUGCCUUGGCUUCUGGACCUUGGUCAGGCACUUACACAGCUUCUAAAGCUGCUCUUCAUGCUUUGACAGAUUCAUUAAGAUUGGAACUUGGACAUUUUGGAAUUGAUGUUGUGAAUGUUCUCCCCGGAGCUAUCAAAUCAAAUAUUGGAGAUUCUGCCAUAGCCAGCUACAACCGCAUGCCUGAAUGGAAAUUGUUCAAGCCUUUUGAAGCAGCAAUACGAGACAGAGCUUACUUUUCUCAGAAGACGAAAUCAACCCCAACAGAUGAGUUUGCUAAAAACACUGUAGCUGCUAUUCUUAAGGAGAAACCUCCGGCAUGGUUUACCUAUGGACAUUACUCUACUGUCAUGGCUAUCAUGUACCAUUUACCAAUCUCUGUUAGGGAUUUUAUUCUGAAGAAAGCAAUGAAAUGCUGAGAUACAGAUGGGUGAUGCAUCUAUGUUUUUCAUGUGUAUGUUGAUGGACAUGGUCUAUAAACCAUUUACUUUACAUUUUUAGCAACAGAAGAGAUAUCAUUAGGGGCUGUCUUGUUAGGGCAUAAUUGUAUUUAAUCCCAUUUUUAGCAAUGUUUUUGAAUGAAAUAAUCGAAGGGAUGAUAUAGUGUAUUGCGAUUGUCUGAAA